AUGACUGGCUUUGCAGAUAAUGACGCCGAUGGCGCCUCCGUCCGGUCUGACGACUCGUUUCGGUUUCUCCCGGCCCAGGUUGGCGACACAGAGGAGCUGGAGCUGUAUCAGGAAGGAGGUUUCCACCCAGUUCACCUUGGCGAUCUCUACGAUGACGGCCGCUAUCGAAUUGUCCAUAAGCUUGGUGCCGGCGGGUUUUCUACAGUAUGGCUUGCUUCUGACUGUUUACUCUCUAGCUGGGUGGCUCUCAAAAUUGUGGUUGCCGACAAGUCUCCAGUCAUCGAAGAGAAAGCAGUCAUGUGCCAUAAGAUCGCUUCACAUUGGAGCGACGGCCGGUUCAUCACCUACAAGCGCUACUUUUAUAUUGAAGGCCCCAAUGGCCGUCAUCUGUGCCUCGUUCUACCUCCAUGUGGCCCGUCUCUCCACGUCCUAUCCCAUUACCUGAGGAGCAGGGUUCAUCCCUGGCUGUCGCGCCGUGCCGCCUUUCAAGCUGCAAAAGCCACUGCGGAUCUGCAUUCUCGCGGCCUCUAUAUUACUCCAAGCAAUAUCGUUUUUCGACUCCGCAACCUUGAUCAUCUUGACGAUCAAGGCAUCUACCGUCUCUUUGGCGAGCCACGAACUGGUCCACUGGAAACGUGUUCCGGUGAUAUUCCAGGUCCAGAGGCUCCGCGAUACAUUGUUGGUUACCUUGACUUUAUGUCGUCUAGAGAAGAUCUUUUGCUUGACGAUAUCUCCUUGAUUGACUUUGAUCAAGCUUUUCUAACGUCCGGCCCCCCUGAGGAGACGCUUGGGACACCAGUUGGGUUUCUGGCCCCCGAGGUGGCCGUCGGAAAGCCAGCCAGCCCAGCGAGUGAUGUCUGGGCCCUGGGCUGCACUAUUCUACACAUCAGAUCGGGAUCUUCGCCAUUUUCUACUCUCGACGUGGACUGCCCAGCAAAUCUAACGAGAUGUAUUAUUGAAUACAUUGGAGAGAUACCGACAUCCUGGGAGGGGCCAUUAUUUGACGACGAUGGUCAGCCAACAACGGAUAAGAGCCGUGGCAUGCCCCUGAGAGAACUUUCCACCACAAGAAACUCGCUGAGGCAAUGGGUGAGCGAGAUUUGGGACCAACCGACAAACCUUGACGAAACUCAGUCCUCCUCAGCCAUGGUCGUGGAAGAUGAAAACAAGCCAUAUCCGAAAUGCUACGACUCCAAGUUUUGGAAACCCGCCGCCAUCAGGAUUGACGACACCUACCUUGGUGGAUACUGCGACAAGGUCGAUAGAAUCAUUGGGUCCCUGCCCAAGAUUUCGGCGCACGAGGUGGACUUGCUGUUUGAUUUGCUGUCCCAGAUUUUCGUUUAUGAGCCUGCCCAGCGAGUCGGCGCGGGGGCCAUGUUGGCUCAUCCAUGGUUUCAUAUGGAUAAUACAGUCUGA